AUGGAUAGAGACGAGAAUCCGACGAUAGGCAAAAUACAAGGACCAAAAAGUAUUGGACUUUCUAUUUCCACAACUGCGAGGAAUGUAGACGACGAAGAAUUAUCUUACUCUUCAUCAUCGCUUCGGUCUCAGAAAGCAGAGGAAGAUUUGUUUAUUUCACGGCCGACAAAACCGUUGAAGCCUCAAACAAAAAAGAUCCUGCAUUCAUAUGAAACAGAGGAAACUUCCAAAUUGACAACACAGGAAUUACAACGACUGGUUCUCAUCGAACAAUUACAGACUACUCGUAUUCAGAGGAAGUUUUAUGAACAGGCAAUAAUAAGAGCACCGGAACAGCCAAAUCACCAAAAUGGCAAAUCCACCAAUCAAACUGUAUUGUAUACUUCUUUUAUAAGGGAUACUCUAACAAAAUGGGAGAAUGAAUGCCCAGAAAAAGAGCAAGUGAUAUUCCUUAUGGAUCUAACAUCAAUUCUAUCAAAAACACAGACAACAUUUUUAGUUCUUCACAAUUUCAAUGUCCACAACAAACUGAUCGGUCUUAUAAAAAAUCUGCACCAAGGAGAGGAUGUCGAGUUAAACUUAACCUUUUGCAGAAUGCUUCAUUCGCUUAUGGAAACGAAAUUUGGCCUUGAAUGGGUCGUGGGCGCGUCUAGUACCUGGAACCAUAUUCUGGAAUUCUACAAAAAAUACCCAACAGAAAGGUUUACUAUGGAGAUAUCCACAUGUGUUGGAAAAUUAUUUUUGAAAACUGCUCCUCAGCAUAAAAUGUUUAAUAUAGAUUUAAUACAAAUUGCUAUACCUGAAUUUUUAUCACUAACGUCGAAACCAUUGAAUAAUACUAGUGAAUCUGUAGAGGAAGAGUGGCAAAAAAAACUUGAUCCUGAAAUUAGUUUAAACAUAAAAUGUUUUGAUUAUUUUAGUAUGAAUAUGGACAAAGACGUAUUCGCACAUUGGGUGCUAUACUUUGAUAGAGUGCUUAAUCUUAGCCAAAGGUAUUAUAGCCUAUUGGCAUCCGUUAAAAAGGAAAAAUUAACCUUACAAAUAAGUAAAGUCCUUUUGUUAAUAAAAAUAUUUGAAGUCAAACAGGUUUCAGAAAGCUCCAAAGACAUUUGUUCAACCUACAGAAAAAGUCUUAUAAAGUUGCUGGAAGUGAACAUACAACGAGGAUUUAUUAACAAUGUUUUAGAGCUUUGUUUUAUAGGCCAAAUACACUGGAGAACGGUUGGUAAACUUCUCGAAUUAGAACCUGACCAAAUGCCAAUUUCUUUUGAAUUCGAUUUGCUUAUAGUUCAGAUGAUGCCUGCUUAUAUAACUGAUUCAAAAAUACUGGGAAAUAAGAUUUUCAAUGAGAAAAAUGCGGAUGGUGCUUUUAGAGAAAGUUAUAUGGAUUACUGUCGGGAUAAAGUGGAUACAACUGUAAUGGUUUUAUUGUACAAAUUUAGAAAUAUUUUGGAAUUUAAGUGCAUAAUAGAAGAAACACAAAAAUCCAUUGAAUAUAUUUCAAAAUCCAGUUCAAAAUACGGAAAGGAAAGCGCUAUUACUUUUUUCAGACUUUUGGUGUACUGUUUAGAAGACUUUGUAACUGUAGUAAAUACAAUUAAUAAAGUUUCUUGUGAGAAUUUCAAUGAAAAACUGAUUGCUGUAACUUUGGAUGCUCUUAUUAUUUGCAUUAAAGAAUAUGAUGUCUCGUGGAAAAAUAGUGUAGAAUGUAUUUUCAUUCUAAAAACUGUGGUUGACUUUUUAAAUAUUAAAUUGUUUUCUGAAACGCUUAUUGUUAAAGCCCUUACACUUUUAAAUUUAUCAAUAUUAAAGUAUAUGUCUCCAAAUUUAGUCCUUUUGAUAGACAAAAAUGACUCAACCAUGUUGUGCAUUGGACCUUUACUUUACAUUAAAUUAAGAGAUAAUAGUACAAACAUAAGAAAUGCUGCUAUAAAAGUAUUAAUUACUAUUUCAGAGAUUUCCCAAACAAAAUUUCCCUACUACCAACAAAUCAUAUACAAUUCUGAGUUACAUUUGGUAACAUACAAAAUUGUAUGCAGUGACGAGGAUGUAAAUCUUAGAAAAAAUGCUUUAAAAUGCUUACAGCAAAUGGUGUUAAUUGGUGAUAUUUGGGAACAUUUACUUAAAGAGCAAAACUUAAAGGACAAUUUAAUCCACCUUUUAAAAACGGAACCUGUUGACAAACUGAGAUCUGAAAUGGUAUAUUUAAUAACAGUUAUUUUCGAAGAAGAAUAUUUUUCUGAAGAAGAGAUAUCGACCAUCUACAAUACGAUGGCACAUAUGGGUAUAUUUGAUAACGAUACCAGGUUAAAAGUAAACGUGUUGAAUUUUUGGGAACGCGUCAUCAAAAAACUAUUUCACGAAGAAGGAAUGAUUGAUAAUGAUUUUCCCGAAGUGACAUUUUCCAAAAAACUAAAGAAAAUAGUUGUUUUAGACCAGAAGGAGAUACGAAAUAGGCUAAGGAAGAUUAUGGAUAGUCUUAGUUCUAUUGGCUGUUUACCAGUUUUGGUAGAAGGUUUAAAUAGUAGUGUAGAUUUAGAAAAACAAAGAUCUUUAAAACUUAGUAAAGAGUUGGUGAAUAUAUUGAACAAGUACAAAUUUGAAUUUAAUGUAGAAAAUACAUCAAUAUCAAGUGCACAAAAUUAUGGAAAUGUUAUAAUUGAUAAUAAUGGAUUGCCCGUUGACUAUGAAAUAGAUGAUACUUUCUUAAGUAUGUUUUCUGAUUCUGCUAAAUUAAACGUUUACUACCAAUCGGUGUCGCCAAAACAAUUUUUGGAAGCUUUUACAAAUCCAAAUUCUGCACAUAAUAAAAAGGAAGAUAAAAAUGAGUUUAACAUUUUAAUGGAUAGUAUCUUAAAUGAGGAUUUGUCCCUAUAAAUCUUCAUUUGAAAAAACUAGAUAAGACUAAAACAAAACUUUUUAGGAAAGCAUCUUUAGUGUAAAUCGAUUUUUUAUGAUUUAAUCUGGUUUUUUACAUACGGUAGAGAAAUAUGCUCGAAUAUUUUUUUUUGUGGCACAUAACUGUAUUAAAAGGUUUUAAACAAUAUUGUGAUAAAAAAGUAGAGUAGUAACGCCAUCAACCUAUCCAGCUUACAGGCAAAGCCUAUUAGGUUCGGUUCUUCAGCGGUCCUUGAUGAGUUAGACUCAUCUACCGAC